AUGACAGAAGUGAAGAAAGAAAGAGAGAGAAAGUCUUAUAGGAGAGAGUCGCCAAUGUCGUACCACUUCCCAAGUCGUACUACCUGGAUUCCCGCGCAACUGUUAAGUGACGUAUGUUCAGUCAUGCAUCAUAACGAGGUGACACCUACCGGUAGAAAAGGGAAACACGUAAAAUGGCGGAAAACAGUUUUGAGAUUUCCCGCCAAAAAAAGAAGGUUUUACUUUCGAUUUCGGUUUUCUGUUCGACGUGUUGGGGUUGCCUAUAUCGUACCACCACAAGUUGCCUAUAUCUUACUUGACUUCGACAACUGGUAG